AAGGGUCCCUGUGGUUCAACCUCCUCCAAGAUGUUCGAGGCUACGGAUGGUAACACUCCGUCUGUUUCCAGUCUCUGAACAGCAAUAGCUCAGAAAGCUGCGCAGAAAAACAAGGCACAGAAGGGCAAAGUGCAGUUAUGGUUGAGGAACUGUGCCCCGGCCCACAUAGUAGAUCCCUGAAACAAAAAUGGGGGACAAGCCACGUGUUCGGGAAGGCGCUUGCCCACCCAUGCCCCCCUAAGGAGCAGCCUUUGAAACUGGGAUUGGCUGGGCCGCGAUGGAGGGGCGUGGCUUUCAGGCGCGCCGCGGGGGCGUGGCUUCCGCGGUUGGGCCUGGUAUUACGCGGAUGGGUUACCUGGCGGCUGGUUUGGCGGUUCCUCCGAGCUGAGCUCUAGUUUCGGGCCGGCGCCGUUUGGUGGCUGCCAGCCGCACCGGAAGUGGGGGGAGGCGGCGGCCGCCGAAGGGUGUGUGAGGGGGGAAUGUUGCCGCCGCUGGCGGCGCGGCCGGGCUCGGGAUGAGCUGGAGGGCGCGCUGGGGCCCUACCCCAGAGCGGCCGCCGCCGGGCGAGGGAGACCAGUCGCCGCCACCGUCGCCCCCACGGGAGCCGUCCCCGAAGCCGAAGCCUCCUCCGCCUCCGCCGCCUUCCUCUGUGCCGGUUUCGGUCCCCGGCGGGGGCCUGUUCGCCUGGGUGCGCGGGCGACGCAUGGGCCGGGGGGGCCGCUGCGUGGAGCCGGCACGGGAGACGUUCCGGGCUAUGACGGGGUUGUACGGCGCCAUCCAACCCGCCGACUCGGUGUCGCCCAUCACCCGCACGCACGGAGCUGUCUUCAACCUGGAGUACUCGCCUGGAGGGUCAGUGCUUACAGUUGCCUGUGAACAGACAGAAGUCCUUCUUUUUGAUCCCAUAUCUUCAAAGCACAUCAAAACUCUCUCUGAUGCUCAUGAGGACUGUGUAAAUAAUAUCAGGUUUCUUGAUAACAGACUGUUUGCAACAUGUUCUGAUGACACUACAAUAGCACUUUGGGAUCUGAGGAAGCUAGAUACAAAAGUGUGCACUUUGCAUGGUCACACCAGUUGGGUGAAGAACAUUGAAUACGAUACCAACACAAGAUUAUUAGUAACAUCAGGGUUCGAUGGGAAUGUUAUCAUUUGGGACACUAACAGGUGCACAGAAGAUGGCUGCCCUCACAAGAAAUUCUUUCACACCCGCUUUCUCAUGCGGAUGAGGUUGACACCAGACUGUUCCAAAAUGUUGAUCUCAACCUCUUCUGGGUAUCUUCUGAUUUUGCAUGACCUUGACUUGACCAAAUCUUUGGAGGUUGUCAGCUAUCCUGUACUAAGAGCCAGGAGAACCACCUCAAAUUCAGAUCUGACAUCUGCCGCCUCAUCUGGCCCUAGGAGUGCUGGGUCACCAUGUCACCAGAGUGACUCAAACCCACCAUCUGAGAAACACACGGUACGAGCCACCCAGCGAGAAGGUGGAUCUCCACGCAAUAGUCUCGAGGUUUUAACCCCAGAGGUUCCUGGUGAGAGAGAUCGGGGAAACUGCAUUACAUCACUGCAGCUCCAUCCCAAAGGAUGGGCUACACUUCUUCGAUGCUCAAGUAACACAGAUGACCAGGAGUGGACUUGUGUCUAUGAAUUCCAGGAAGGAGCCCCAGUGCGGCCAGUUUCCCCUCGCUGUUCCCUCCGAUUGACUCAUUGCAUCGAGGAAGCCAAUGUUGGCCGAGGUUAUAUCAAAGAACUCUGUUUCAGCCCUGAUGGCCGAAUGAUCUCCUCCCCACAUGGCUAUGGGAUCCGCUUGUUGGGAUUUGACACCCUGUGCAGUGAACUAGUUGAUUGCUUGCCCAAAGAAGCUGCCCCCUUGCAAGAGAUCCGCUCGCUUUACUCGCACAGUGACGUGGUCUUGACCACCAAGUUCUCUCCAACACACUGUCAGAUUGCCUCUGGGUGCCUUAGUGGUCGUGUUUCUUUAUAUCAGCCAAAGUUCUAGGCACCUCUUGCCUUGAAAUGAACAGAUGAUGUUUUUUUUUUUUAAUUACUUCAGUUUAGUUGGAGUGUCCUUUUUAAAAAAAUAUAUCUCUUGUAAAUUUGGACAAGUACAGAGUUACUCUGCUCUCUGGACUGAAUAAUGACUUGAGUUCAGUCCGGCCCUGUGUGUAUGUGUGUGUGUGGUGACUCUGUAUUUGCACAUCAGACUUUCUGCGCAUUCUUCCUCUUUGCUUCUGCCGAUCCCACUCUUGUUGUUUGGAUAUAGCACAGUGGAACUUGUAAGUCUUGUCUCUCCAUGUGGCUCUUAGUGCAGGAUGUUGGAUGGACUGGAGAGGAGGGGAACACCUAGCCAAAACCCCACAUGCGUCUUUGCCUCAAUAGAACUGGACUUCAGCCCUGUUGGCCUCCUUUUUGGAUUCUGGAUCUUGCUUCUGCUCCCUCACCCCCACCCCACCCUUAUUCUUCUCCUAAGUAAUGGAACACUUCUCUUGCACGCUACAUUAACCACAGCCAGCAAACACCUUCUUUCUUUGUGAACAAACUAAAUGAAAUGCUAUCUCUACUUCUUGGUAUUGUUUUGCUGUAGUUCAGUCUGUUGGCUGAAAACUAUAUGCUGUUUAUUGCCAGCUAUUCUCUCUGCCUCCACCCCCCAAAAAGACUGGAAGCACAGUUGUUGUUCUUCCUUGGUUUACUAGAAAAAAGUGGUUUAUGAAGAACCUAGGUGACUAGUUAAAUAGCUUGCCCUCACACGUCUUGUAAAGGAGCACCUAAUAUGGGAUGUGGUAAUGGAAUGUUUUGUGGAUCCCUCACUUGACCAUCCAGCAGGACGCUCUCCUCCACAGGCCUCAUUGAAAUGAAUGGGAGCUAUGCAAGGGGCCUAGUAGGGUUCCAGCAGAGCUCCCUUUCAUUUUAAACCAGGCUUGUGCAGGAGGCUUACCUGCUGGAUUGUGCCCUAAGCCCUCCCAUGGGUUGUAUCAUUGUGAAAGGCUUUGAUUGAAUAAAACCUUAUUUAUACCAAAUGGAUGUUACUCAAUACGACUUCCCCUUGCAACGUUACUAAGGCUAGUUGUCCUCUCAUGAUGUGCCUUGCAAGCCACAAAAUUAUGCUACUUCAUCUGUCAGAAGGCCUAGCACAGGUAUGUUCACCUUGUAACCUGCCAAGCUAGAAACAGCACACCCGCAAUGUACAAGGAUCAGUCCAAAUGUUUUGUCAAAAUAUGUUUAAUCUUAUGGCAGCAACAUACACUUAGUAGCAUAUUGAUCAUCCUUUAGAAACACGCCUGCACACUUUCAUUAAAGUAGCUUGAAUUAUUCUUCCAUUGCAGACUCUUGUGUGGAAUCAAGCAGCUCUAAAAAUUUUGACAAAUGUAUUUACAUAACAAACAUUCACAAGCACCUGUUGAAUGCUUUAUGGCAAGUCUGCGUCGUCAUUUCACACAGUCAGAUGUUGGCAGAGGAAACCUUGAAGGUCAUCCAAGAAGUGAAAGAUCAACUAGUCAAAAUGAGGAUAUGAUGGCCAAAGCUGGGUCUAUUAUAAUAGAGGAUCGCAGAGUCUCUCUGGAGCACUUGUAGAACAGAGAUUGGACAUUUAGUCAUGGAACAGUCAUUUCAACCAUGUGAUCAGCUGCAUAUGAAUAAGGCUGUUUGGGUUCUCCCAGUGGAUCACAUGUCUGUGGGGCAUCUGUGCUGAACUGCAAAAGCUCCAGAUUUUCUUGAACAAAAUCAUUAUUAUGGAUGAAUGCUGGGACUAUCACAAUGACCCAACAACAAAGGGAGUCAAUGUGGCAUAUAAGGGUGUACACAGACCAAGGUUUGAGCACAGGUUCGGUGCUGCGGGGAGGGGAGUGGUGAGCAGAAGCUUUAAGAAAAAAGAGCAGGUCCUUACCUGCUUGCUGCCACCCCAUGCAGCUUCCUGCUGGGGCGGUGUGUGUCCCAAGUACCCACACAUGGUGCCAGCACACACAUGGUCUGUGCAUUUGCAUGGCCAGUACCACCAUGCUGACCACGCAAGUGGUGCCUGUGUAUGCAUGGAUGCCAUGUGCACGCGGGUAUGUUGCACACUGCCCCAGCAGGAAGCUGCAUGGGGUGACAGAGAGCAGGUAAGGACCUGUGCUUGAACCUCGGUUUGUGCAUAUCCUUAAUGGCAUACAUGUUAAGUCAUUCCUACCAAAGAAAAGUCAGCAUCGUGAAAGCAGCUGGAAAGGUGAUGCUUUGUGUGUUUUGGGAAUAGUCAGGAUUCUGUUUACUGAACUGGGAGCUACAAUUAUGUGAGGCCAUUGCCAUUGGGUUUUACAAAUGUUAUAUGGAAAUAUUACAGAACAAUGAAGAGGAAUGCUCCAUGGUGAGGGUGUUCUGCUCCAUGACUAUCAGUCCAUGUGUGUGCAUUAACCACUCAGAAAGCAGCUACUCCAAAACUAUGUCCAUCCAAUUUCUACCUGUUUGAAAAAUUAAAAGACAAUUCUGUCAAGUUUUUAUGAUGCUAAAAACUGAAGUGCUGAAUUUAAUUGGAAGGCCCAAAGGUCCUUUUUGAUAAGAGGGAUUUUGAUGUAGAACCAUCAGGGAGGAACAUAAGAAUUUUGCAGGGAGCCCAUAUUAAGUGUUAAUGUGAAUAAACCCAUGUUUACAAAAUAUAGUUUUGACAAAACUUUUUGACUGACUCUCCAUAGUAGUGGCUGUGUAGCCCCCAUGUGGAAGUGGUGGUUUUUUGGAAACCCUGCCUGCGAAUGAAGCCUUAAUGGCAGUCCCUGCACAAUCCAUAGGUGCUUGUGUAAGGACUGCCAUCAAUAUGAACUGGCCAGAGUUUGCUUUUGUGGGAAAGCCGCUCAAAACCGAUAUAGAUUGAAAUGGCAGACAAUGACAACUCCUAUAUUGCAUAGACUAGUUGUUCUCCCUUCAGCUAACAGCCUUAUUAUUGUCCUAGAAUAUCUAAUCUAGACAUCUGUUUAUAAUGGUAGACUUCUACAGACAUGUUGAUUGGUGUUUAUGAAAAAAGAUUAAAAUUUAAAAGGCCCCAAAACUGACAUACAGAUGAUGGUGCAUUGUGUGUUAUGGAAAGCAAAGCACAUGUUGUAAAGAUGCAGUAGGAUUCAGGGUGGUUGUUUUUUAAUCCCUUCACUCUUUCUGCUGGAUGACCUGAGAUUACACCUAGCAGGCCCACAUAAUCUGGCUGCCUUGUCCUCCCAGUUGAAGUGAAAUCAAACCUGCAGAUUACAUUUGAAAAGUUGUACUCAUUACCUCCAGUGGUGAUAUAUAAUCUAAUAUAUCCUCCUAAUUUUCAGAGGGCUUUUUAAAAAAAAUUCAUUAAAAUAUCAUCUAGAAUGUAUCUGGGCCUGUGUCUGUUUUCCCCAAGGGUGUUUUAAACAAAAGAGUAGCUAAAGUUCAGAAAGCUACAAACAUAAUAGAUGUCUGCUGCAUUUGCCGGUUUUAGAUUGUUGAAGUUGCUGAGAGGAAGUGCCUGCAUGCACAUACACCCACCCAGCUGUCUAAUCAUUUUUUAGGAAUGCAAGCCCAGGAGAAAAAGGAUGUCAGCGCUUCUAUUAAAUGGCCCUUCCUCUCUCCCCCUACUUAGAAGAUCAGAUGAAUGCAAAUCUGGUACUGAAAGGAUGAAGGGAGAGACUGGGGGCGGGGGUGCAAAAUGCUUCAGAGGGAAAUUGUAUCCUGCAAUCUGCCUGCACACCCAUUGGGGCAAUAAGAAGGGGAUUCUGAGUAAAGACUGAUCACCCACUUAUGUGUGCACCCUACCUCCUUGGCCCUCUUAACAGCAGAGUGGCUUCUCUCAGAUGCCUCCCUGUGGCACCAAGCAGCUAAGUCUGCACUGCAGCCGUAUCUCUGUUCCCACAGUCUCUCUCCCCUUUCAGCAGCCCAUUGUGCACCCCUUCCCCUCUACAACGGAUCCAGGCUUCAGACCUAUUGCUGUACAUGUGUGUCUGUUGCAUGUUCCUGCCUCCUGCAGGAAAACUUGGGGUCUAAAUAGGGAGAUGUUGAGUCCAGUGGCGAAAAAUCUGAAAAUAGAAUGUUUGGCUGGGUUCCUGUAGCAUUUAUAAAUUGUAAAAACUCUUUCUGAAUUGCAGUUUUCCCUGAGCUGUGCUUAGGGGAGGGAGUCUGUUGAAAGAAUAUGCAUCCUAUGGGGGUUCUAACAAAAGUAGCUUGGCUUCUGUGGACAAACUCUUUCCUCUCAUAUCAAUACACCAUUUUUUCUGAAUGUUGGACUUCAAGUUUUCUGUUCAUAUCAUUGUUUGCAUUUGAAAUUUUUUCAAUUGUUGCUUUUAUCAUAUCCUGCAUUUCCCCAGUAAAAUGGUUUCAAGCUGCAAACAGUGGCAGAUGUAUGUACACAAGUUCCAUGAUGAAAAUUGAUCUGUCAUAUUGCAUGAGUGACAGCACUUACGGUGUAAAGGCUGUUCCUGUUCAACACUUGUGCUGAACCUAUGAAAUCCCAAUAGCAAAUAAAGACACAGAAGAGUAACAUAAUUAUGUAGUUAAAGUUGGAUUUGUUUUAAACAGCACAUUAGUGGAAAGAGAAAUUAUCACAGUGCCGAAGCUGCUAACAUGCAAAUUGUAGUAGCUACAAUUCAGAGCUUUUGUGCACAUGGAUUUCUAACUCUCUGCUAUAAUGGGAAUUAUAAUCAAAAUGAGAAUGAUCCAAAGUGUAUCUUCUCCAGGAAAGAGAACUGGGGUUCAAGUAUAUUCAGGAAUCUGCAGACCUUGAUUCUGGCCAAAGUAUUGAGGGAAGAAAAUCAUUUGAUAAAUAUCAAUGAAACUGGUUAUCUAUUAAAUAAAGCAAGUUUUCCUCUAGUCUGUAAUUUGAAAUGUGUUUCAGAAAGCAGCUUUCUCUGCCUACAUUUACCCCUCUAGUUUAUGUUUUGUAAAUAGGGCCUCUCUGGGGCUGUGCUAGAAAAGAGCAACGCUUUUCUUAAAUGGUGGUGUGUCUUCCUGCAGAUGGCAAUCUUAGCCCAGUUUUAGUGGGUUUUCUUGGUUAAAAGUAUGUAAUUUGGACACUCUAGGGCUGGUUUGGACAAUAACUUGGUCACCUAGUUCAACCACAAAUAAUAAGGAUAUGUGUGUGCAUAUCAUCCUCACUUUUCAUCUGCACCAGAUCAUUUCCCCUUAAUCGUGCAGCAGGGGUGGUUCGUCUGAGCUGCCCUGCCCCUCUAAUAAAACUAAUGCUAGUAUUGUUGUUGCAUGUGUACAGGAGCAGUUCCCCACUCCCAUGACCCACAUUAUUAGGGAAAGGUGUCCCAGCAUGCACGCAUCCUUAUUGUGCAGUCAAGCAUGUGGACAAAGUAUUAUUAUUCAAACCAGUCCAAAGUCAAACAAGCUGAUGAGUGCCUAACUUGAAAACCCAGUUGUUUGGUUGAGACUCCAUGUUCUCAGAAUGUGGUCUAAAAAGGACCAUGCUGUUUACACCUGAAUUCUAGCAUUAAGGAAUAAGCUGCCUAUCGGAUUCUCAAUACAACUUACAACUGUGAAAGUAUUGUGCUUUCUCUGACCAAAGAACAGCAAGUGGAAUUUAAUACAUAGUCCUAAUGCUAACUAUUAUUUGAAAAAUGAGAUUCUAAAUUUCUAGGUCAGUCUUCAUUAGAGGAUUUCUUUCAGAUAUUGCUGCAAGAUGCCACAUUCUUGAUUUAUCAGUUUCAUUUGAUAUGAAGGAAGUUUCUUGAAUGUCAAAAAAACCCACAAAAACCCCUCUCUUCUCCCAAAACUCUGAAAUACUUUAAACUAGGAGGUGUGGCCUGACGUUGACUGGGCAAAGUCAUUUUUAAGGGAAGUUGAAGAAAUGAAAUACAUGUCAUAGAAUUUUUUAUUAAUCUGCUUGCAAAAGGGAAGUAAGUAAAAUAACAGUUUUAAAUCUGUAGGAUUUCAACUUCAAACAGUAUUCAUUUUGUUGAAUUGCAUACAGAGUAAAUCGGAAUCAGCAAAUUUAAAUCUGAGAAUUUUCUGCUUCUCUUGGGCAUGAUGUAUUUGAAUUGUUGAUCUGGUUAUUGAGUCCUCUGGCAGGGGCAUCGGGGCACUAGAGAUGGGGAGUGCAGCCACAUCAGGGCUGUGCCACUACCCUGCUGUUGCCUGGGAGCUGCCAGCUGCCUCCCCACUCUCCUCCCGCACUGCACUGGGUCAUGCAGCUUUCUCAGCAACGGCAGGCAGCCCCUUUAAGGGAAGCCUGUUCUCAUUGAUGUCUGGAGCCAUGACUAACUUGUCCUUUUCAAUAGGACUGCUUUGAAUAAUUUCCUCAUGUCAGCUACGGAACCUGCUCCCGCCCCCCACCUCCACCAAGCACAAUCACCUAACCACUGAGAAUCUAAUUCAGCCAUCUUUCUAGUUUCUGAGACUUUAGCCACUGCUGUCCACUCACUUUGAAGCAUCUCUUCACAACCAUAGGAGCUAGAAGCAUGUCCUUCUAAAACUCACAGUUGAGAUUCCCAGGAAGCUGAACUGUGGGCCACCACCACAUCCCGCACUUUCCCCAAUACCUACAGAAUUGUAGCACAGAGCCUUGAUAAUGGGUCAGUGUCUAACCAAUAUAGAGGAAAUCAUUUUGAAAAGCUUUAAGUCUUCAGCUGAAAUUCAGAUAGAUGAUAAUCACUUGUGGUUUGUCUUUUCUAGCAGAGACAUUGGAAUUAAUUGUAUUUCAUUGCUCAUAAUCUUAAGUGGAAUAUUGCCUGUUAAUAUGCACUGAUUUCUUAAAACUUCUACCUCAUGACAUUUUAAAUGCAUUGCUUUGAUGUCUUGUCACUAGAGUGUAUGUGCGCAUGCAUAUAUAUAUAUACACACACACACACACACACACGAGAACACACGAAUGCUGUCAACUAGGGUUUUGCAGUGCAUAGAGCCACUUUUGAAAAUUCACAGUACCAGCGAUUAUGUUAUAAACAGGUGGUUUUAUGUUACCACCUUGGAGAAGAGAACAGCCCCACAAAGCAAAGCCUAGUAUUGUAGUUAGUGGUGCUUUAUAAUGUAUAAUGUGGUGUAGAAAGCACCGUUUAUAUUAGAAACACUUUAUGAUGAUUGCUUAUUUUUUUUAAUUACACUUUGCAAUAAGUUCUACUAGAUAAUCUUAGAGGUCGUUUUGAAUUGUUUUGAAAGCAUUCCAGGGAAUAUAAUAUGGUUCAGUAGUAUAACUUUUAAUUGCUGAAUUGUUCAGUGAUAUAUACCUUGUAGUUAUGAAAUGUAGGAAAAGUUAGUGUUUCGCAUUAAAACAUGAAAUAUCACCCUGCCUUACCUUCUUGAAUUGAGGCAAAGUUCUGUAGUGAGAAAAUUUGAGUCUUUUUUUUUAGCUUUGUUACUUUGAUAACUCCAGACAAACUGUCCAUUUUUCAAUAAGAUAUAUUUCCAUCCAUAUAGGACUUGUUCACCUGAUUUUAAAAUAUGCCAUUAACAGCCCAAUCUUAUGCACAUUUACUCAGUGUUUCAAAUUAGUGGCACCUAUUGGAAGUAAAUAUGCAUAAAAUCAGGCUAAGAAGCUAAUAUUUUAGCUCUGUUUAUAAGUUGAUGUUUUAUAUCACCCCCCCAUUCUUUCACUUUCAAAUACCUUAUAUUAGAUCACACAACAGAAGUUUUAGCAACUCUUUUUAAUUCUGUCUGUGAUCUUCAUUGGGCUGUGAAGUGUGUACAUGUAUUUUUAAAAUAUGUGAUUCCAUAACAUUUAGUUCUGUAUUGAAGCAUAAGGCUUCAAGCAGCAUGACUAUUAAGCAGAUAAAACUAUAAACUUGAAGCUAGCCAAAAAAAGGGAAGCAUUUUACCAAACCACUGCUAGUGUACUGUAAAUGCAACACCAGUAACUCUUGUAUUUGUCCCGCUUCAGUGAGCACAUUAUUAAAAUGAUGGUGCACUUUUCAGAUACCCCAGUAGAGGUCAGAUUUAUUGAUUGUCAGAACACUUGCUUAGGGAAAGGAAUUUACAAGUGUGGUUUUUUUAAGUUCUAAUUAUAAAAACUCAUUAUAUGACCCCAAUUCUGUGUGUGUGUUGUGCUCAAGUUCUCUUAAAAUCAACAGAACUUAAUCACAAUUGUCUUGUUGCAUUUCAAGGAGACUUUAAGAAUGGCUAGAGCUGAAAUGAAAUUUUGCAAAUGUUUGAAAUUUACUUAACAUUCCAGUUUUGAAUGUGAAGUUUUUCAUUGAGGUAAAGAUCAAUAAUGGUGGACAAGCUUCCCUGAAAGAUGGCUUGCCUACCUUGUUUGAUCUUUCUCUGCAAUGCCCAAAUACACGGGAAUGUUGGAUGUUCCAGAGUACAUGCUCCAUUUACAAUGAAGUCUAAUGCCCUACAUGAACUUAGCAUGCACCCAAGAAUAUGCCCCAGAAUCCUGUAAGAGAUACAGGUUCUAUGACAAAUGUUCAUAGUCAAUGUGGAAAAUAUUUCUUGAAAGUCACUGUGACAUCAUAUUGCAUAGAACUAUCAGUUUUGAAAUAUUGUUUAUUUCAAUAAACCCAUCAAAAUUCUUAUUUGCAAAUUUUAAGCAGAAUUUGAGAGAACUCAUUUCCACUCUAAGAAUGACUAAGUUUUGCUGGGUUAGGGGAUCACUGUUUUGUUUUAGAGCCCUAGAGGGUCUGUCUUUAAAUUAUGAGAAAGAAACUCAUCUCAAAGUGUAUCCUGCCUUAACAUUAAUCUAUAUUCCUACAUACUCCUAGCUAUUCUAGCUGCAUUUACUAUGGUUCCCAGUUACAAUCUCCAGUUUUUCUCAAACUGGUGGGUGGGUUCCAAUGAUAGGAAGAUCAAACACUAUUGAAGGGGGCAGUAAUAUGCAUAUUCAUUUGAGAGUUCUGCUUAAACAUGUAUAGGGUUGGGCUGAAAGUCUGUUUAAUGUUGAUAAUGUUAGCUUAGAACAGCAGAAGGAAAUGGCAGAAAGGAACUGUGUGGAACUUGCAGGCCAUAUACUAGAGAACAGGUCAAAUGUCACAAAAAUAAGGCUGAAGAGUGCUAGAAAGUAGAAAAGUACAUAUCUGAACCAUCCUUUAAACUGUGUUCCUAAUUUGAUUUGCAUUUCAUUUAUAAUGGGUUUUUUUCAUAAUAGCUUCAGUAUACAAUAGCUCCUCAUCCCAAACAAAAGUGUAAUACAGAAGUGCAAAUUUAUGCAUGAAAUUUUUGAAACAUUUCAUAACAAAAAGGUGUAAAGUGUAGUACACUUAGCUGUCUGAAAAGCUGUAUUUUACUCCUUUGGGAGUGACUUUAUUUGAAGUUUCUCUUGCUUGCAUAAUAAACAUUUUUCAACUGUA